UACCAGAUCACAGUUUGAAUUAGCAGCAUACGUCAUUUCAUCUCGUUGAGCCGAAAAAAUGUUUUAGCCUUUUGGCCUUUAUUUCAAAAUAAGCGAGUUAAAAACAAUCAGGUCAUCUUUUCAUAAUGGCUUACGGAAAAGAUUUCGAAAGACCAGAAGAAAAAACAACACGAACGUGAAGAAGGCUGUAUCGUUUAGGUUUAUUAAGCUACUUUUAGAUGAUUUUAAAUUAAAAUUAAAUGGCAAGCCCAAGAACACGAAGAGUGCUUCGAGAGUUAAAAUUUAAAGAUGGAAAUAAUGCGUGUUUCGAGUGUAAUGGGCAUAAUCCACAAUGGGUUAGUGUUACAUAUGGUAUAUGGAUUUGUUUGGAUUGCUCUGGAAAGCAUAGAGGUUUAGGAGUACACUUAAGCUUUGUACGCUCAGUUACAAUGGAUAAAUGGAAAGAUGCAGAGCUUGAUAAAAUGAAAGUUGGUGGUAAUAUGAAAGCUAAAGCAUUUUUUAACUCACAACCAGAUUAUACAGAAGGGGGAUCAUUAAAAGAGAAAUAUAACUCUAAAGCAGCUGCUUUGUAUCGAGAUAAGAUUAACACUGAAGCACAAGGUAAGACUUGGUCAGAAGCAACAUCAUCAGCUCGAAACUAUACAGCACCUGUUCUAAAUGGCUCAAAUUCAUUAAAAUCCAGUCCUAACCCAGCACGGAGCAAAAUGUCAUCAGCCAGCUCUACACAAAAUGGCAUUAACAGUAUGGACGACCUUGAAUCAUUUCUGGGAAAAUCAAAGAACGAAAUCAACCGUGAAAAAGAUGAUUAUUUUAAAAAGAGGCAACUUGAAAAUGAGGCACGACCAGACAAUUUGCCACCAAGUCAAGGCGGUAAAUAUGUUGGCUUUGGAAGCAGUCCAGCCCCACAAAGUUCAAAUGCAGAUUCAGGUUGGGACAGUACGUUAUCCACGCUCCAGUUUGGAUGGUCUUCUUUUUCUCUUGGUGCUCAACAGCUCGCAGCAGUUGCAUCAGAGAAGGCUGUUAAACUCGGCAGUAAAAUGAAUGAAAAUGUUAUCAAACCUGCCUCACACAAGGCCAAAGAGCUAGGCACAAAUAUUUCAACGAAGGCAAAUGAAGGAAAGUUAGUUGAUGAAGUAUCAUCGUCAUUGCACGGAGCAGCUUCAAAGGCACAGGAGUAUGGUGUGAAAGGAUGGUAUAAUUUGCAAUCUUACUUAGGUUAUAGUACAAGCCAAUCCAUAACAAACGGGGGAACCGCUGGGAAUAGUUCAUCUGAAAUGCAAGAGAAGAAAGAUGCGGGCGGCUAUGGCGGUUUGUCUGCAGACAAUGGUGUGAAUCCAUUUCAGGCUGCGAUGGAGAUCAGAAAAAAAGAAAAAGAAGAGAGCAAAACGGAAGAUUUGCUGGACGCUUCGUCGUCGGGUGCGAAUGACGGAUGGGAAACCGCUGAUUGGGGUGGCGAGUCACGCGAUGAUUGGAACAGCGAUGACUGGGGAAACGAGCAAACUCCUGUGAAGACAAAAAAGAAAAACAUAAUUAAACAGGACAGCUGGGGCAAUGACGUAGACGAGUGGGAAAACUGGUUAAAUGACGAUUCUACUACGUCAGCACCGAAGAAUCGGUCACCAGCUGUUAGGAAGAAGGGAGAAUAACUAAUUCACAUCAAUUUAAAAAUUUGCAAGUUUUGAAACCUGUGUAACGAAGUGAAACUUCGCGAAGAAAUCUUCCUGAAAGGACCUGUUGUUAUGCAAUAGGUGGUUAUUUUUGUGAUUUUAUUUUGUGUCUUUUUUUAUUGUCAGAGAUAAUGUGUCGGAGGUUCGACGUAUUUCUGUCAAAAACCCAACGACUUCAUUUUCCUUGAUAAGUUUUAUAAAUUUCGUAAUUUUCGCAAGAUUUCUAAUUUCACGAAUGUGUCAAGCCUCAAAAGAGCCAAAUUUUUUGAAAAUUAUUUGAGGUGUUAGUUACAUAAAUCGCCCUAACGUAAAAAUAGCCCAUAAAAAAUUCCUGGAAAAACUUCGAUUCAGCGUUUCGCGAAAAUUUAGAUAUUGGAUGUACUUUCUUAUAUUUUUACUUUGUAGAGAAGCAGCAUUUUGUGGUCGACACUUCUCUUGCAUUUUAAGUAACUUUCACAGUAAUAUAUUUGAUAGACAGGUUUUUCUCCACCUUGCAAAAUUUACCAUAUCGGUGGAUGCAAACAGUCAAUAUUUUCCCUUAGUAAUCCUUCUCCAUAAUAAACUUUUGUGUUUUGUCCUAAUAAGCGAGAGUUCGUGUACGUAAAGUUUUAUGUGAAAGAAGUAUAUAAGAAAGAUUUUCAUGAUUUUAUGGUGAAGUAUAUAUUAGUAAACAAUUUUUUGUCAAUUUGUAGUGCGCAUGCGUAGUAAUUUACAUUUAUAGAAUUAUAUUUAUUUAUCAUUUUAAAA